AUGACGUAUACCAAUACCGAAAGCUCCUCUCGUGAACUGAACUACACCGGAGGAUCAACGCAAAACGAAGCGGCUAUAUUCAGGAAUGAAUGGAUGGAAUAUCUUGCUGGUUUCGAAGCGAGUCUCCACUAUGCGAGACAGCAGUACGACGAGGCUCGAGGCAAUCAUGGGCCUUUACUGGCCUACUACUGCCACGACAACCCUGGCCGUGACCUAGAGGAACUGAAGGACGAAUAUGGCCCGCAUUUUCUUCAGCGCACACGCGAACGUAUAAAGGCGAUUCAGGAAGCGGAAGAAGCAUUGGAAAACGCAAGGGUGGAGGCCAAGGGAGCUGGAAUCGACCUGUACGCCGAGAAUGAUCACGAUCUGAGAUGCGAUGACAAGGUUCAGGAGUACUUGAUCGCGCAAGACGUUGAAAAGUUGAUAGCCAAUGUCGACCGCGGAAAGAUCACUCGAUGGCUGGAAAACUUCCGGAGAGACUACUUCCAUAGCAUCUGCAUCAUCGACGGGAAGCUCAGACUCAGCGGGAAGCCAAUCAUUUGA